GCCUAUUUGGGGAAGUCCGCGGCUGGGGGCAGGCCUUCGGCCGGGUUGAGUGGCUGAUCGGAGUUGGACCGGGUCGGGAGCAGCUUAGCGGCUUGUGGGCUGGUUUCAGCAUGAACAUGAAGUAUCCAUAAGAGAGAAUGUGAACAAGAUUGCAGAGGUUGCAAAUCAUAUCUUUUGUUAGUUUCCUUAUUUUCAUUGAAACGUAUUUGUACACCCUUACAAUGUCGCUGCCAUUGCUCCCAGAAUCAUGCAGCCAUGUCCUGGCUGAGCUGGACUCACUGGAUCCUCUAUUAUCUGCUCUCCGGUUAGAUUCAAGCAGAUUGAAGUGUGCCUGUUUGUCGGUGUCUCGGAAAUGGCUGGCACUGGGCAGCUCAGCUGGUGGACUACAUCUCAUUCAGAAGGAAGGCUGGAAGCAGCGAUUUAUGUUAACGCACAAGGAAGGAGCUCUCACUCGUGUUGCUUGCUGUCAGCAUGAUGAGGAUUAUGUUGUUGUAGCAACUAGCCAGGGACAUGUGAUUGUGUGGGAGCUGCAUCAGGAGCGGCGUGGGAAACCUGAGCGUAUUUAUGUGUCAUCAGAACACAAAGGCAGACAGGUCACGGCUCUCUGCUGGGAUACCACUGCUCUCCGUGUCUUUGUGGGAGAUAAUCUGGGAAAAGUUUCUGGUCUGAAGGUUAAUUCCUCCAAACAGGGAAAGGCUGCUGCAUUUGUGAUGUUUCCAGUUCAGGUGAUUACAACAGUGGACUCUAGAGUGGUGCAACUUGACUAUCUAGAGGGAAAGUUAUUGGUCUCAUCUCUCACUCGCUGCUAUCUGUGUGACACUGACAGGGAGAAGUUCUGGAAAAUUGGGAGCAAGGAGCGAGAUGGAGAAUUUGGAGCCUGUUUCUUACCAGGAUCAAAGAACGUUGGAUUCCUACAGCCACUGAUAUUCUGUGCACGCCCUGGUUCACGUAUGUGGGAGGUGAACUUUGAAGGGGAGGUGAUGAGCACACACCAAUUCAAACAGUUAUUGGGAUCACCUCCACUUCCCAUCAUCACUCACAGAUCUGAACUACACUACAGCAUGACUUCCUGUUCUCCACAAUCCAUCUCUUUUCCCAGGCUCUUGUGCUUGAGUGAGAAUUAUGUUCUGAGCUGGACAGACCGAGGGAUCUAUGUGUUCAUCCCACAGACUGUUCAGGUGUUGCUCUGGAGUGAGUUGAAAGAUGUACAAAAUAUAUCUGUUUACAAGAACGAACUGUUCUGUCUCCACACUGAUGGGCGGGUAACUCACCUAUGUCUGUGGUCAGGAGAGCGAUGCAUAGAGCGUCUGCUUCAGCGAGACAUGUGGACCCUGGCUGCUCAAGUCUGCUGUCUCUUCCAGCACUGCAUUAUUGCAAGCAGGACCCGUAAGCUGUUGCCUGUGGACAGACUGGAACACCUGAAGUCACAGCUGGAUGCUGCCACGCAGAGCUACCUUGUUGCCCGAUUGGAAGAGGUGUUGGUGAAGUUGGAGCCCUUUGACUCAGCCUGCAGUAGUCGCAGGAGCAGCUUUUCCUCUCAUGAGAGUUUUAAUGUCCUAGAUUCAGGCAUUUAUCGCGUGAUUAGCCGUCGAGGCAGCCAAUCGGAUGAGGAUUCUGGUUCAUUGCACAGCCAUCUGUCUGAAGAGGAGAGACUGAGGGAAUUUACUUCAGUACAGGAGGAAGAGCAAAGAGAGCAGGACAAUGUCUCCCAUUCUUCUUUGAAUAUUGAAGGUGAUCGGAGUGAAACACUGAUUCCAUUUCAUCUUCCAUUGUCAUUCCGUUCCACAUCUCCACGAGUCUCUUUGCAGGCUAUGAAGGAAAGUGUCUCCAGCUUUGUCAAGAAAACAAAAGAAACUAUCAGUACACUUCAUCCCAACUCUGACUUCCGAGUCAAACCAGAAAUAAAAGAUGGUGAGCUACAGUGUGAAGUUCUAGUCACUCCAGCAGCACGUAUACAGGAUCUGGAGCACGACUUGAGCAUUGGUAACAAGUCUCAGGAGGUGGACAAACUGCAGGAGCUGCGACUGGCAACAGCAGAGGCUGUCGUUAAGCUACAGGAUCCCCUUGUUUUGUUUGACACUUCCCUUCUGAAGGAAGCACUCCAAUGCUGGCUCCCUCAUUUGGAAAAAACAUUUCAGUUCAAAGUGAAAACUCAAACUGUGCAUGACAUUAGCACUUCAGAGGAGGAUUCAACAGUAUUCAGCCAUCGAGAGGAAGAGAAGUCAUCAGCAUUUGACCAUAAGGAGUUGGAGGUGCCAGCCGUACUCAGUCACCAAGGUGGGGAAGAGGAGUUACCAACCUUUAGCCAUCAAGAGGAUGAGGAGGAACCAGCAGCAUUCUUUCAACAAGAGGAAGAGGGGGGGUCAAUGUCACUAUGUUUUCAAGAAGAGGAGAAACAGCCAACAUCUGUUCUUAGCCAGAGGUGGAUUCGAGAGCCAGAGGUGGAUUCAGACUUGAUUAGUCAUCAAGAGCAGAGAGAAGAAUCAGUACCAUUUGCCCAUCAAGAGCAGGAGGGACCAAUCCUAAACCAUGGAGAAGAAAUGAUGGAAGAAGGAGUCACACCCAAGGAUCCAGUGGUAGAUGAUGAGCCAUUUUCAGUUGAGUUGUCGAAUGUGCCCUUUGUGACAAUCCCUUUCUGCAGCAUACCAACAGAUCUCUUUAAGGACAUGACAGAACUGAGCACUUUGUGUUUUGAGAUGGGAAUAUUUGAUAGUAUGACUGAAGAUAAAUUCCCAGCAACAGAAUUGCCUGAAAUUGGCACCGCAACUCAAGCCUGUCUCUAUAUGCGAAAUUAUUUCUUCCUGUUGGACUUAAUGAGAGUAAAGCGCAGCAUCACGGCUCAUAACUGGUCUACUCCUCUGGUGUGGCAGACACUCAUCCUAGGGUUACAAGAGAUAACACAGUCGCACCCAAUCUCCAAUACCAUUAAGAAUGGAGAUCUGCGAAAAGUCCUGAAGUUAUUGGGUGGUGAGAAGCAGUCAAGAAGUCCUUUCCUACUGGCACAUGCAGCCAGAAUGUACGAGAAAUUUGGUGAAAUUGCACUGAGGUCUCUUGUCCAGUUCCAUCCCCACAUUCUCCCGUCAGACAUCAAGGAGUUGUGUCAGAAGCAACCAGCUCACUUCUUAGCAUAUGUCGAUAACCUGGUUAAAUCCAAGUCAGAGGACCAGAGAUUGCAUCUGUUAGAGGCCAUUCUUCAGCCUAAAUCACGAAAAUUAGAUUGGCUGCAACUUGCUGUGUCUCAUGAUGCUCCCCAGAGGACUGACACCACCGAUAUUGAUGGAAAUCCCAGGCCUCAUUCCCAUCGAUUUACCUGGGGCUACGCUCAGCUGAUCGGUUACUUUACUCAGCUUCCAGGAGAUCUUGAAACAAAGAAGAAAAUGUUAGACAUCUGUAAAUCCUAUGGGUUCUGGCCUGCUUACCUGUCACUUUGUCUGCAGCUCUGCUACAGAGUUGAAGCUUUCACUGUCAUUGUUUACCUGGAUGAUAUCAGCCUAUUUGAUGAACAGAAUGGUCUGAUGCCUGAGACUCUGGAGGAAUGGAAUUUUGUUCUGGAGCUGGUUCGGAAUCACCGUGACAUCACUCGCUGUAUUGCUAUGCAGAAUGGAGACAGUGUAGCCAAUGGUGACUCUGAUUGGUCAAAUAGUAUCAGCCUGGAGAAUGUAGCUCUUCUUCUUGCGAAGACAAUUGGGCCAGAUCGAGCACUCACUGUGUUACAUGACAGAGGCCUGCAAGGGGAUAUGUCUGAAAGAUUUGUCAGAGUAUGUGACAUCCUAAGAAUUGGAGAGAAAAGACAGAGGGCCCUUGUCCAGUCCAUGCUGGAGCGAUGCGAUCGUUUCCUGUUGUCUCAGCAGGCAUAGAGGAGCCAAGUGAAAUGGGAUGGGGGACACUUACAGCUACCUUCCAGAGAAAAAGCUGCCAGUUUUGUACAACUUUGCUCAUCUCCAAUGUGCAAUAAUCUACUAAUUUAGUUUCCCUAUUCAAUUGCUGCUUUAGGAAUAUUAGCUGGUUUAUUCCUUGAUGCUUGUCUGCCAAAGAGACUUAUACAGAAAUGCAAUGGUUUACCUGUGCCUUACACUUAAUAAUUAGCAGAGGACUAAAUAAUCAGUUCACUGGGCUCAAAAUCUCUGUUGUGUUUUGAAUUUGUUGUAUGGUGGGAAAGCAGAUGCCAUGGGCACUGAUUAAUUGCAAAUAGCACAAGUACACUUUCUUUAUCGGAGGAGAGAAAAGUUGUCAAAGACUUUUGAAUAAAAAUGUCUAAACUCUGA